AUGAAUAUUCCUCGACCGGUUUUUCUGCGGGUUGUAUCGAAGAUGCACACUCCGGGAGUGACCAAUUUGCUGGUAGGGGAUUUCGUCUUCAAGACGCUCUUACUCGUUCAGGAUUUCGUUUUCAUGGAAACCGGAAUUCGUACGGGGAAGAAAGGUGAUUGGGUGGUUCGCAACGACACGCCGGAGGCUCAGCCGCAAUGGAGAAUGUACUUGGACCAAACCGAAGCUGAUUUGAAGAAAAUGAUGAAGAAUCUCCAGUCGGCCGAUUGGAAACACGUGGAGCACUACGAGGGCAUCGCCCUUUAUUCCCGAUUCGACUUCGAAUCGGAGCGACACCUUUACAAAUUUCAGACGAUAUUUCCCUACGACUACGAAUGGACGCUUAGGAUGACCUGGAUGACCAUCAAUGAUUCCCCCGAAUGGUGCGAUGACGUCAUCGACAACGUCAUCCUUCAGGAUCUGAGCGAGAACUGCAGAAUAUUCAACGCCGCAUCCCGAACUCAGACAUUUGGGUUCGUCUCCGAUCGGGACUUCGUGUCCAUAGAGUCAUACGAGAAAGUCGGAGAGGUCUUUUACUGGACAGUGUCCAGUGUCACCUGGCCGGAUUUCCCGCUUCGUCAAGGCUUUGUCAGAGGAAAAGCGGACUCAGGAGGAGGAUUCGUGUUUUCCCCACACGGCGUUGACCAUAAGAAAACCCUCUUUCAGUUGCUCCCCAUGGUGGAUCCCAACAUCCCUUUCCUUCCGCGAGCGAUCACCGACAAACUCUUGCUCCCCACGCAUAGAAACUUCGUCGUUCGACUGCGAGACAGACUUUCCUACUUGCACUCCCUCUCGUGA